AUGGAGAGUAUUUUUUAUUCAUACUUAAUUAAUAAUUAUGAUUGCGGUAACAAUGAUGAAGAAUUUUUAAAUUGUUUAUUAAUAUUAUCAAUUAAUAAUUUAAAUAUAACUUUUAAUGAAUUAUUAAAUUAUUGUUAUAAUAAUAAUUUAAAAAGAAAAACAUUAUUAAAUGAAAAAAAUGAUUUUUUAUGUGAUUUUAAAGGAUUAAAUGAACAACAGUUUGAAAUAGUAAAUUAUCAUACACAAAUUUUAAAUAUCUUCUAUAGCAAAAUUUUCAAUGAAGAAAUUAUAUAUAAACAUUCAAUUACAGAUAAUAAUAAUAAUGAAACAAUUAACAAUAGAAAUAAAAGAAUCGCAUUUGAUUGUUCAAUACUUUUAAUCAUUAAAAAUAAUUUAAAUCAUCUCAUCACAAUUAAUAAUAAUAAUAAUAAUAAUAAUUUUAAAGAAACUUGUAUUUUUAUUAAUAAUUCUAAAGAAAUUUUAAAUAAUAAUAAUAAUAAUAAAUUAAAAAAUAAUUCAAACAGCUUUGAAAGAAAUUAUAAUUUAUUUAAAAGAGUUUGGGGAAAUAUGAUUAUUAGGAAACAAAUUAUAUUUCAUCUUAAAAUAUAUAAUAAUCUUAAUUGUGGUUUUUAUGGGAUUCCAAUAAAAGAGAUUACACCAUAUAAAUAUAGAAAUUAUUUUAAAAAUGUUAAAUUAAUAAUUGAGGAUAAUAAUGGCGAAAUUGGAUUUACCCCAUUAACAAAUCGUUUUUAUCCAUUACCAUAUGGAGUUGAAAGAGUUGAAGUUGAUUGUUCAAGUAUUACAAUAGGUGAUCAUUGGAUACCAGAUACAUGUAAAUCAAUUUAUUUUCAUAACUUUAAUCAACAAAAAUUAAAUAGAAAUAUAAUUAGUAAUAGUUUGACUACAAUUUUCUUUGGAAAUUCAUUUAAUCAACCAUUGAGUGAUUCAAAUGGAUUACCAUGGUUACCCAAGAAACUUAAAACUUUAAGUCUAGGUCAAUCAUUUCAACAAACAAUUCAAAGAAAUGAAUUACCUCAAUCAUUGACAGAACUAUUUUUGGACUCUGAAUAUCAAGGAAUAAUCUUAAAUGAAUCAAUACCAAAAUCAGUUACAACUCUUCAUUAUGAAUUUUUCACAAUCAGAAAAAAUCAUUUUGAUACAAAAUCAAUUAGUAAAGGUGUAACCUCAUUAAAAAUUGGUUGUUAUUUUAAUCAAACAAUCAAAAAAGAUAUGAUUCCCAUUAAUGUAACAUCUUUGGAAAUUGAUAAUAUUUCUAAAAUUGAAAUUGAACCAAAUUCAUUACCUCUAUCAAUUAAAACAUUAAGAAUAGGUUCAAUUGAAUUGGAUAGUGAUAAUAUCUUACCACCUAAUAUUAAAAAAUUAUCAAUUUAUGGUGAUUAUCAUAGUUGCUUUUUACCAAAAUCAAUAGAAUCUUUAAAAAUAACAAGUUUUUUUAAUUUAUCAAAAAUCUCAUUUAAUAAUUUUAGAAAUUUAACAUCAUUAAAAAUUGAAAAACUAUCUGAUUCAGUUUUAGAAGAAGGGGUUUUUCCAAAUACACUUUUAAGAAUAGUAUUAAGUUGCCCAAAUUUAAAAUUGAGUAAUGGAAUCUUCCCAAAUUCACUCAAAAAAUUAAAACUUAAAGAAUUUAACCACCCAAUUGCCAAUGGUGAUUUACCAUCUUCAAUUGAAGUUUUAAAAUUACCCAAUUAUGAUUACCCAAUAAAAAAUGGUGAUUUACCUUCUUCACUCAAUGUUUUAAAAUUACAAGAUCAUUGCAUUUCAACCAUACAAAGAGAUGCAUUACCACCAAAUUUAAAAUUAUUUUAUUUUCAUGGUCGUGAACUUAGAAAAUUACCAAAUUUAAUAUGGCCAACUUCAUUUGAAUUUGCUUAUAUCUCAGAAGCCAGCUUUAAUUUCAUCAAUUCAAUUGAUCUUGACUUCUUUACCAACCAUAUUAGAUUAAAAUAA